GAGAGCCGCUCUACCCCGCUGCCUCCCUCCCCAUACAAACGCCUUGAUGCGCUUCAGGUUUAUUGAGUAAAGGACGGGGAGGAGCUGUAGAGGGCCGGCCAUCGCACAGCCCUGGCGCACGCGUGGUAGUAGCACCCAGGCAAGAUGGCGGAGGAGCCGAGGAGGCGGAUCCCGCUGGUGCCGGAGAACUUGCUGAAGAAGAGGAAGGCCUACCAGGCCAUCAAGGCCACCCAGGCCAAGCAGGCGCUCCUCAACAAGCGCAAGCACCAGAAGGGAAAACAGCUCCAGUUUAAACGCCUGGAGGCUUUUGUUCGAGAUUCAUGGCGCAAACACCGAGAUGACACCCGGCUGAGGCGCAUGGAACAGAGACCUGCGCAGAUGCCUGUACCUCAGGAGCACAAGCUAGCCUUUGUUGUGCGGAUUGCAGAUAUUAAGGGGGUGAGCAAGAGAGUAAGAAGAGUGAUAGAGUUGCUGCGGCUCAGAAAAACGUUCACUGGAGUAUUUGUUAAACUGACUCCAUUAUUGCUGAAGAUGCUGCGGAUUGUGGAACCGUAUGUUGCAUGGGGGCACCCUAACCUGAAAUCCGUACGAGAGCUCAUUCUGAAACGGGGCCAAGCCAAAGUUGAGAAAAAGAGGAUGCCUUUGACAGACAAUAUGCUGAUAGAGGAACAUUUAGGGGGCUGUGGUAUUAUUUGCCUGGAAGACCUUAUUUAUGAGGUCCAUUCAGCUGGGAAGCAUUUCAAUAAAGUAAUGAAUUUUCUGUGGCCAUUCCAUCUGUCAGUGGCUCGCCAUGCUUCACGUAACAAAGUAGGUUUCCUCAAGGAAAUGGGUAAGCCUGGCUGCAGAGGCGAAGCAAUCAACCAGCUUAUACGUCAGCUGAACUAGUCAGGGUCUUUGUGAAAACUUAAGGAUUUGGACCCUGUUCCUUCUCACAUGCAGUUCUCAUGGACAUUAUCUCUGUCCAGUGAUAUGCUCUAGCUCUUGACUAUGUAUUUUUAUGUAUGUUUCUCUAUAAAUCAAAUACACAGAUGGUUAUGGAGAUGGGACUUCGGACUGGUCCUUCUUAAAGCAAAUAAAUUGCGCUUGGUACAAGGAAAGAGUGACUUGAA